AUGUCGAAUCUCAAGAAUCAGCUACGUCGAAACGGCCUCGAAAUGAUCGAGGACCAGAUGUGCGGAGAGCCCGUCUAUUCCAUCUCAACUCUAAAGAAGUCUGGGUCAUCAAACGCAAGCUACGUCGCCAACAAGCUCUAUUUCGUUGGCGAGAAAGAGAAAUGGAGUCCUAAGAGGCAGAAGAAGCUUGCCGCCGCAGCUCCUCGCAUUCCUGACUCUCGGAGCUCGUCAUCCACCACAAUGGAUAGCAACGACUCGAAAUCUGCAAGCGAGCCGACCUGA